AUGGCAGCGUCUCCUCAUCGGCCCCGUCUAAUGAUGCUGCCGUUCGCCGCGCAAGGCCAUGUCAUGCCUUUCAUGGAGCUCUCCUACCGGCUCGUCGAGCACGGCUUCGAGGUCGUCUUCGUGAACACCGACUUCAACCAUGCCCGAAUGCUCACGGCCUUGGCAGGAACAUCCCCUGCCGGCGGGAUCGAUCUGAUCUCCUUCCCGGACGGCAUGGGCCCCGACGGCGACCGCACGGACAUCGGCAAGGUGCUCGACGGCUUGCUGGCGGCGAUGCUCGGCGGCCUCGAGGAGACGAUCAGGUCCAGGAACAUCAGGUGGGUGGUGGCCGACCUGUCCAUGAGUUUCGUGCUGGAGCUAGUCCACAAGGUGGGCGUGCGUGUCGCCUUGUUCUCCACUUUCUCCGUCGCCACCUUCGCGCUGGGGAUGCACCUUCCCAAGAUGAUAGAGGAUGGCAUCAUCGACGAAAUGGGGAAUGUGAAAAGGAACGAGAGGGUCCAGCCAAACCCCAAGAUGCCGGCCAUCGACGCCUCCAAGCUUCCCUGGAUCACCCUUGGCAAGAGCCCUGAGUCAAGGAGAGCCAUGAUCCAGUGCACGAUCACGACCAACCCGACGCUAGCGCUCGCCGACACUAUCGUCUGCAACACUUUCCAGGAGAUCGAGUCCGUGGCGCUGGCCCACCUCCCCAUACCGGCGGCUCCCGGCUCCGUCGUCUACGUGGCGUUCGGGAGCCUCAUGGUGUUCGACGCGGAACGGCUCCAGGAGCUGGCCGACGGCCUGGCACUCACCGGGCGGCCGUUCCUGUGGGUGGUCCGGCCGAACUUCGCCGACGGCGUCGGCGAGGGCUGGCUGGACGGGUUCCGGCGCCGCAUUGGAGACAAGGGCCUAGUCGUCGGCUGGGCUCCCCAGCAGCGCGUGCUCUCGCACCCCUCAGUGGCGUGCUUCGUGACGCACUGCGGGUGGAACUCGACAAUGGAAGCGGUGCGGCACGGCAUCGCGCUCCUCUGCUGGCCCUACUUCGCCGACCAGUUCUUGAACCAAAGCUACAUCUGCGACCUGUGGGGCGUUGCGUUGAAGGUCUGCGCCGACGGGAGGGGCAUUGUCACCAAGGACGAGGUCAGGGACAAGGUGGAGCGGCUGCUUGGGGACGAUGAGAUCAACGCGAGGACGAUGGUCUUGAAGAGCGCAGCGUGCGCCAGCGUCGCGGAUGGAGGGUCCUCGCAUCAGUAUUUGCUCAAGUUAGUGAAUCUGCUAAGAGAAAAUUAG